AGUCCCUGAAGCUUUUUCGUAAUGAAAAUACUAGUUUUUUUCGCGUUUUUUGUGGGGUACGCCCGUUGUUGCGGAAGAGUACCUAGUUAUUACGAAUCGUCGAAACUUAAAACUCCAGGUGACAAUGGGUACGAAAUUAAAAUUAACGAUAAUCCAGAGAAAUACGUUCCUGGCAACAUUUAUACCAUGUAUCUAAUGGCUCCUCGACAUCCCAACAGCAACAGGUUAAGGAAAUUCCAGAUAUUCUCCGUUAGUGUGGAAUCGACAUUCAAUCACACCGAUUCACCCCAAAAUGUGGGGAGUUUCCAAUUAUUCGGGGACGAUUUAGCGACUUUCGAUGAAGAUUGCAUUAACACCGUUUCUGAAACUAGUUCUACACCGAAGAGUGAGGUGUUUUUCAUGUGGUCAGCUCCUCCACCGGGCUCGGGAUGCGUUACAUUCAAAGCAAUGGUGUUAGAAGACUCCUUAACAUGGUUCUCCGAAGACGGCAAGCUAACCAAAACCCUCUGCGAACAAACCGAAAAAGACAUCGAAAAAAACGACGAUUGCUGCGCCUGCGACGAAGCCAAAUACAACCUGGUCUUCGAGGGCAUCUGGUCGAGCCGCACGCACCCCAAGGACUACCCGACGCUGCUCUGGCUCACCCACUUCUCCGACGUCAUAGGCGCUUCUCACGAAAGGAACUUCAGCUUCUGGGGCGAGGACCAAAUCGCUUCCGAAGGAUUCAGAAGCCUUGCGGAAUGGGGAUCCGUCAGGUUAUUGGAAACUGAACUAAGAGCCAAGAGCAGAUACCUGAGGACCAUCAUCAAAGCGGCCGGACUGUGGUACCCCAACGUUAACACCAACACUUCCACCACUUUUAAAGUUGAUAGAAGGCACCAUUUGGUAUCUUUAGCUUCUAUGUUUGGUCCUUCGCCUGAUUGGGUUGUUGGUAUUAAUGGACUAAACUUGUGUUUAAAAAAUUGUACUUGGAAGGAAAAAAUGACGAUUGAUUUGUAUCCAUACGAUGCUGGUACCGAUAGCGGUAUAAGUUACAUGUCACCAAACGCAGAAACUAGUCCCAGAGAAAAAAUGUACAGAAUAACAACCACUUAUCCGGAAGACCCAAGAGCACCAUUUUACAAUCCCUCUAAAAAGGAAAUUCCUCCCUUAGCCAGAAUGUAUCUAACCAGAGAACAAGUUAUACCAAAGAACUGCGACGACAGUUUUCUCAUAGCUCAAUUGGACGUUAGCGAAAACACCGAGGACACUUCGAGGCCUGAAUGCGGUGUUACUGAAUACACCGACUGGAGCGAAUGUUCGGUAACCUGUGGAAAGGGUCUUCGCAUGAGGACGAGAAAUUACAUCAAGCCCGAUACUGCUAAAUUGAGUGGAUGCAACAGGCAGUUGAUUUCAAAGGAAAUGUGUGUGGCAAGCGUUCCUGAGUGUAAAGAAGACGCGAAAGCAGAUUCUCAAGAAAUAGAUUCCUUAGACAAUUCUGAAAUCUGCGCUGUAACAGCCUGGAGCGCUUGGUCCUCUUGCUCAGAAAUUUGCGGCGAAGGCCACAAAAUGAGAACCCGCAAAUUCAUAAACAAAUCCGGCAUAAAGAAGUGCCCUCAUGUUACAAUAAUGGAAAAACUACUUUGCAAGAUCAGAGAUUGCAGACCAGAUGAAAUCUCUGCCACAGAUCCCACGUGCCCCACGACCCAAUGGAGCGACUGGAGCCCUUGCAGCGCUUCCUGCGGCAAAGGUAUCAAAAUGAGAACCAGGCUCCUGCUGGUCGAACCUGCAAGACAGCAGGAAUGUAGCAGUCGCGUCGAGCUCAUCCAGCAGCUGCCUUGCGAAGAUGUACCCAGCUGCGUCAUGGACAUGAAUACUGCCAAAGUUGUUUGUAUGCAAGAUGGUGAUAUAGGACCUUGUCAAGGAUAUUUCAAUAGAUGGUGGUUUGAUGCUACAAAGCUUAAAUGCUUCCCAUUCGUUUAUGGUGGAUGCAGAGGAAACAGAAAUAACUUUUUGACUGAACAGCAGUGCUUGGAAACAUGCAAGAUUGUCAAAGACGCAAUUACUGGAACAUUGGACCCUGCAAGUCAAAUAAGACAGAACACUAGACUUGAAUCGAGAGAUUGUAUUUUAACUGAAUGGUCCGAUUGGAGUCCUUGCAGUACAUCAUGCGGACGAGGAUUCAGAGAAAGAUAUAGAGUAGUCAAGGAGCGGGCUGUUAAUGGAGGAACAUGUCCGAACAGUUUGUUCCAGAGAAGAGGAUGCUUCCUAAAGGCAUGCUAUUGAUGAUGUGAAUUCGAAGAAAUUUAGUUAUUAGGGUUUUUUUUUUAUUUUAAUGUAAUAUUACCUGCUUUAUUUGCAGUGAACGUUAAAUUCAGUAGUCUGUAUAUGAACAUAUAAAACAGUGUUGCGUAAUAUAAAAUCGUUAAAAAAAAUGUUUUGAAGAGUACCCAAAUUGUAUCAAAAUACCGGACAUUAUAAUAUGUUGAUAAAAUUAUUAAUAAAUUUAAAAGC